CUGCCUGGAUGGAACACACUCACUUAGAGCAGAGAGACAGAGGGGAAUGACAGAACUGUCAUCUCUUUAAAGAAAAUUAAGAAACACAUCAAGAACCGAGUUACUGAUGUUUGCAAUCUUUCAUUUUGGUGCCACAUUGCAUCUCAUAGAAAGGCACAUCUAUGAGCUUGGACUAGAGGACUGAUCUCAUUAAGAAUUAAACCUACACCAGUAUUUUAAAACAUUCUGAAUCUUCACCCCUGCAUUUGACACACCAGAGUCCUGUUUAGAGGUCAACAUCAUGGGGCUGAGAGGCCUGCUCAUGGCCUAUGUGGCAGUGGCCAUUCUAGUCCAGCUCUCUAGUGCUGGCCUGGUCAAAAGAGUAAUUAGACACAGAAGAGAAUCGCUAUUGUCACCAACCACCGAGAAUUUGACCAUCCCAAGCCCUGAUCAGCCUGUGGUCUUCAACCAUGUAUACAACAUCAAUGUCCCUGGAUCCCUGUGCUCGGUGGACAUGGAUUCACCUGGAACAACAGAAAUGAAGCCAAAACCUGAACAAUCAGACCAGCACAUAGAGCACACCAUGGACGGGGAGAACCAGAUUGUUUUUACGCAUAGGAUUAACAUUCCCAAGCAAGCGUGUGGUUGUGAUAACCACCUACCUGACAUGAAGGACCUUCUAAACAGGCUGGAAUUGCUAGAGGCAGAGAUAUCCAAUCUAAGGGAGCAGUGCACCAGUGGAGCAGGCUGCUGUGGAACUCAGGUUACAGGUGAAGUCACAACCAAACCCUACUGCAGUGGCCGUGGCAACUACAGCACUGAGACCUGCAGCUGUUUGUGCGAACCCGGUUGGAAGGGACCCAACUGCUCUGAACCUGAGUGUCCGAACUUUUGCCAGGAUCAAGGUCGAUGCGAGGACGGCAAGUGCGUCUGCUUUGAGGGCUUUGGUGGAGAGGACUGUGCAAUUGAACUAUGUCCUGUGGAUUGCGGUGAGAAUGGAGAGUGCAUUGAUGGGGCUUGCAUUUGUGAGAAGGGCUUCUUGGGUGAGGACUGCAGCUUAACCAACUGCCCAAACAGCUGCCUCGGCAGGGGGCGCUGUGUAGAUGAAGAAUGCUUAUGCGAUGAGCCCUGGACAGGGUUUGACUGCUCUGAGCUCAUCUGUCCUAACGACUGCUACGACCGUGGACAAUGUGUCAAUGGAACCUGCUUUUGUGAUGAGGGCUUUACUGGGCAGGACUGUGGAGAGCUUACCUGCCCCAAAAAUUGCAACCACCGUGGAAGGUGCAUCAAUGGACAGUGUGUGUGCAAUAUCGGAUACAGUGGAGAAGACUGUUCUAAGCUGACAUGUCUCAAUGACUGCAAUCAGAGAGGUCACUGCUUCAAUGGGAAGUGUAUCUGCGACCCUGGGUUCGAGGGUGAGGACUGCAGCAUUCUCUCUUGCCCCGACAACUGCAAUGAUAGGGGCCAAUGUGUCAACGGCGAGUGUAUUUGUGAUGCUGGAUAUGAAGGUGACGACUGCUCUGAGCUUUCCUGCCCCAAUAACUGCCACAAUCACGGCCGUUGUGUCAACGGAAAUUGCAUUUGCAAAGUGGGUUUUGCUGGAGAAGAUUGCAGCAUCAAGACCUGUCCCAGUGACUGCCAUGGCCACGGAGAGUGUGUCAACGGAAAGUGCAUUUGCAAAGUGGGAUUUGCUGGAGAAGAUUGCAGCAUCAAGACCUGUCCCAGUGACUGCCAUGGCCACGGAGAGUGUGUCAACGGAAAGUGCAUUUGCAAAGCGGGAUUUGCUGGAGAAGAUUGCAGCCUCAAGACCUGUCCCAAUGACUGCCAUGGCCACGGAGAGUGUGUCAACGGAAAGUGCAUUUGCAAAGCGGGAUUUUCUGGAGAAGACUGCAGCCUCAAGACCUGUCCCAAUGACUGCCAUGGCCACGGACAGUGUGUCAACGGACAGUGCAUUUGCAAAGUGGGUUUUGCUGGAGAAGACUGCAGCCUCAAGACCUGUCCCAAUGACUGCCAUGGCCACGGACAGUGUGUCAACGGAAAGUGCAUUUGCAAAGUGGGUUUUGCUGGAGAAGAUUGCAGCGUCAAGACCUGUCCCAAUAACUGCCAUGGCCAUGGACAGUGUGUGGACGGAAAGUGCAUUUGCCAUGCUGGUUUUACAGGCCAUGACUGUAGUGAGUUGACUUGCCCCAACAAUUGCCAUAACCGAGGACAUUGUUUAAAUGGCCAAUGUGUAUGUAACAGUGGGUUCGUCGGGGAGGAUUGUGGUACAAAGACGUGUCCCAAAGACUGUCUAGAUCAUGGGUACUGUGAAGAUGGAAAGUGUGUCUGCUUUGAGGGCUACACUGGUGUGGACUGCUCUGUUCUAACCUGCCCAGGAAACUGCAGUGACCAAGGCCAGUGUUUGAACGGAAUGUGCAUCUGUGAUUUAGGCUUCACUGGCGAGGACUGCUCUGAUAUCUCCCCACCCAGAGACCUGACUGUGACUGAAGUUGACCCAGAAACAGUAGACCUCACCUGGACCAAUGAGAUGCUUGUCACAGAGUAUCUUAUCACCUAUGUUCCAACGGCUCCUGGUGGUUUGGAGAUGGAAAUGAAAGUGUCUGGUGAAAAGAAGACUGCCACCAUUAGGGAGCUAGAGCCUGGCAUUGAGUACCUUUUCAGUGUCUUUGCUGUGCUGAACAACAAGAUGAGUGUUCCUGUCAGUGCCAGAAUAGCCACACAUCUUCCUGAACCAGAGGGCCUGAAAUUCAAAUCAGUGAAAGAGACAACAGUGGAGGUUGAGUGGGACCCCUUGAACAUCUCAUUUGAUGGUUGGAACCUUAUCUUCAGAAACACAAAAGAAGAGGAUGGAGAGAUUUUGAACUCUCUAACCCCACCUGAGACCACCUUUGAGCAGUCUGGUCUUGGACCUGGUCAAGAGUAUGAGGUUAAACUGGAGGUGAUAAAGAACAACACUCGUGGACCCCCAGCCAGCAAGAAUGUUGUCACAAUGAUUGACGCUCCCAGCCAGAUGGAUGUGCGUGAUGUGACAGACACUACAGCUCUUAUCACCUGGAUUCAUCCUGUAGCUCAGGUGGACGGGAUCUCUGUGUCCUAUGGCCUGAACACAGAUUCCUUAGACAGGAAAACAAUUGAGCUAUCUUCCAUGGAUAACCAAUAUCAUGUGGCUGAGCUGUAUCCUGACACUGAGUACGAGGUGUCUUUAAUGGCCCGCAGGGGAGAGAUGACCAGCUUUCCCAUCUAUGAGACCUUUACAACUGAUCUGGAUGCCCCUAAGCACCUCAAGGCAGUGGAACAGACAGAUGAGAGCAUCACCCUUGAGUGGAAAAACAGCAGAGCCAACAUCCUCAAUUACCGCAUCAAAUACGGCCCACUUUCUGGAGGGGAGCAUGGAGAACUGGUCUUCCCCAGUGGUCCACAAGAUACCACUCAUGCUAAAAUCACUGGCCUCAAGCCUGGAACUGAGUAUGGAAUGGGAGUGACUGCAAUCAAAGAAGAGCGUGAGAGUUUGCCUGCAACGACCAAUGCUGUGACUGAUCUUGAUGCUCCCAAAGAUCUCAAAGUGAGCGAGGCCACAGAAACUACAAUGGUGCUGGUUUGGAAGAGGCCGGUGGCCAAGAUUGAUGUCUAUAGGUUAGUGUUUGUGACAGCGGAUGGAAGGAGAGCUGAAGUGGAGGUACCGGGUGGUGCCAAUACCUACACCCUGAGGGACCUGAACCCUGGCAUGCUGUACACCAUCACCCUGACUGCUGAAAGAGGAAGAAAGAAGAGUGCACCAGCCAACCUCUCAGCAUCCACAGAUGAGGAGAAGCCUCAGGUGGGAAACAUCACCAUCUCUGAUGUGUCUUGGGACAGCUUUAGUGUGUCCUGGGAGCUGGAAAGAGGAGAGUUUGAUGGCUUUCUGAUUGAAGUGUCUGACCCAGAUGGCCUGUCAGAUGGCAAGAACUACACUCUAUCUGGCCAGGAGUUCAGCCUGGCAGUCACUGACCUCUCCCCUAGUACUUUCUACAGGGUCACUCUAUAUGGGCUGUACAGGGGAGAUCUCUUAAAUCCUGUCUUUACAGAAGCCAUCACAGAGGCUGAACCUGAAGUGGAGCAUCUGUUGGUCACGGACAUCACACCACACAGUUUUCAACUGGCAUGGACAGCCCCGGAAAACAUAUUUGAUACAUUCGCUAUCAAAGUCGCUGAUUCUAAUGGACUUGACCAACCUCACCACCUCAAAGUAUCCGGAGACAGAAGAACAGAAGUGGUUACAGGUCUUAAGGAAGAUACAGAGUAUGAAAUCAAGCUCUUUGGGAUCAUUUUGGAACGAAAAUUCCAGCCCAUUUUGGCUAUAGCCCGAACAGGUCUGGGUACACCCAAGGGGAUACACUUUUCGGACGUGACUGACACAUCAGCUACUGUUCACUGGACUAUGCCCCAUACCCAAGUAGACAGCUACCGGGUCAGCUAUGUACCAAUUCAGGGUGGCAGCCCCAUGACACUGCAAGUAGAUGGAGGAGAGUCUCGAGCCAUGCUGCCUAAUCUGACCCCUGGAGUGUCUUACCAGGUCACGGUCAUUGCUGUAAAGGGCUUGGAGGAGAGUGAGCCAGGAUCUGACAGAGUUGCAACAGCCCUGGAUAAGCCACAAGGUUUGACAGCAGUCAACAUCACCAACACUGAGGCUCUGCUGCUGUGGCAGCCUUCCAUCGCUACUGUGGACGGUUAUGUCAUCACUUACAGUGCAGACACUGUGGCUCCAUUGAUGGAAAGGGUGUCAGGGAACACUGUGGAGUUUGAGAUGAGCUCUCUCAUACCUGCCACCCAAUACACAGUAAAAGUUUAUGCAGUCAGAGAGGCAGCAAAGAGUGCUGCAACCUCCACAGAGUUCACCACAGAUGUUGAUGCCCCCCAGAACCUGGCAGCCAGUAAUAUACAAACAGAAAGUGCAAUGUUGACAUGGACACCACCAAGAGCAGACAUCAGUGGGUAUAUCCUCAGCUUUGAGUCUGCUGAUGGCGUUGUGAGGGAGGUCGUCCUUAGCCCCACAGCAACAUAUUACAGCAUGUCCCAGCUGACUGCCUCCACUGAGUACACAGUCAAACUGCAGGCCAUUGCUGGACCAAAGAGAAGUAGAAUCAUCUCAACAGUCUUCACCACCAUUGGAGUGCUGUACAAGCAUCCUAAAGACUGCUCACAGGUUCUGUUGAAUGGAGAUGCAACUUCGGGCUUGUACACUAUUUACCUGCGUGGAGAUGAGAAUCAGCCCCUGCAGGUCUACUGUGAUAUGACCACUGACGGAGGAGGCUGGAUCGUGUUUGUUAGACGGCAGAGUGGUAAAGUGGAGUUUUUCAGAAACUGGAAGAACUACACUACAGGCUUUGGUGACCUGAAUGAUGAAUUCUGGCUGGGUCUCUCUAACCUUCACAAGAUCACCUCCUCUGGGCAGUAUGAGUUGCGUGUGGACCUCAAAGAUAAGAAUGACUCUGCGUAUGCACAGUAUGACAAAUUUUCAAUCUCUGAACCACGCAGUCGCUACAAAGUCCAUGUUGGAGGAUACAGUGGCAUGGCAGGUGACUCAAUGACUUAUCACCAUGGCCGUCCAUUCUCGACCUAUGAUCAUGAUAAUGAUAUAGCUGUCACCAACUGUGCUCUAUCCUAUAAGGGAGCUUUCUGGUAUAAAAACUGUCAUCGAGUGAAUAUUAUGGGCCGAUAUGGAGACAACAGUCACAGCAAAGGUGUAAACUGGUUCCAUUGGAAGGGCCAUGAGCACUCCAUCGAGUUUGCAGAAAUGAAGAUCAGGCCCACCAACUUCAGAAACUUUGAGGGAAGGAGAAAGCGAUCGUAAACCAGUGUGCUCCAGCUUUAACCAGCCAACCUUCCCCUGCUGCCCAUUCACCCAUUGUUCCUCCUGCAUUAUCUCAUCCCCUUCAUUACCAAAGCCACUGCCAGGAGCCCAGCCUGCUCUCUACAUUCUCCUAUUCAUGGCCAAGAACAGGAACAAACAAUUUCUUUGUCCCCCAUUCAAAGCUAAAAACCAUAUACAGUUGUGUGUGUAUCACUCCUGUUCAAGUCAGUUUGACAGUAAACCAACAGACUCAGUGAAGUGUUAAGCAUAACACACUGUGCCUGUACAUCAUAAGCACACGCCAAAGACAGAUACUCCAGUAACAUUCAUAUAAUAAAAUAAUGAUGGCGGGGAGAUUUUGAGUUUGGCUUGUGCUUUCCAGUUUAAAAAAUCAACUAUGAUAUCUUCUCUCUGUACAUCACAUGCAGUUAUAGUGGAGCAAGCUCGGAUUGCGGAGAAAGUAGAAUGUUUUUGUGUGGUAUCCUUGGUGUUGGAGUCUCUUCACUAGGCUAUAGCUAACCUGAAGAAUUCUUUACUCUCUAAACUUCUCACCCUAACUGAAAAGACGGCACAUUAUAAGUUAAAGUUUAAUAUGCAGAUAUAAAAGUAUUGCAUAAAAAUAUCUAGUGGAGAGGCUCAGAUAAUUAAAAAAACAAAUCUCUGUCUGUGACAUAUCGCAAGUACCCAAGCUCUCUGCCAUCUCUCUCCCACAAUUCAUGCCAUUCUCCUCAUCAGUUCUACAGUAUAACCAUAUUGUCACAGAGUCACAAGGCAUAAGAAUCUGGAUUUGUUGCUCAAAAAAAUAUAAUGAAAACAAAAAAGCUAAGGCAGGACCUAUAUUCAAGCUAUGAUUUAAUUAAGUGAUUUUGUGUUCGCCAGUUACGAGUUUGUAUAAUGUUCAAGAGUCAUGUCAAUCAAGUUAUGUUGAGGACAAGAAAUAAAAGUACUUAAAAGGCCAGGUUAUUUGGAAUUAUUGUACACAUACAUAGCCUUAUAUGAAAGUUCUGUUAUUACAAAAAACAAUAAUACAUUAAGUUUUCAUGUUGCCCCCCACCGAACUUGCAAUCGACUAAACCACUGACCCUAUAAAACACUUUUGUAAAUUAUGUCUCAUUUUGGUAUUUGGAUAUUUUUGUUUGUUUGUUUAUUAAAUGGGUGUACAACAGGUGUUUCUUUGUAACUUCUCACAAUAAAAACAGAUUUUGUUUAACAAAA